AUGGUGCUCAUCGGCAACAUCUACGUGAUUGCGUCCGUCGCUGUGGUCGGCGGCGGUCUGUUCGGCUUCGACAUUGCGUCCCUGUCGGCGCAGCUGAGCGAGAACUCCUACAACUGUUACUUCAACCAGGGCCCUAAUGGCCCGCCCUUCACCAACGAUGGUGCCGACUGCAGUGGUCCGCACUCGCUCGUUCAGGGUGGUAUCACCGCCUCGAUGGCCGCAGGCUCCUGGCUGGGGGCCCUGAUCUCUGGUUUUGUGUCGGACCAUCUGGGCCGUAAGUAUGCAAUCAUGACUGGUUGCGUGAUUUGGAUUGUCGGCUCCACCCUCAUCUGCGCCUCGCAAAACAUCGGUAUGCUCAUUGUCGGUCGAAUAAUCAACGGUCUCGCUGUUGGUAUCGAAUCCGCUCAGGUCCCUGUCUAUAUCUCGGAAUUGUCUCCACCCUCUAAGCGUGGUCGUUUUGUGGGUCUGCAGCAGUGGGCCAUUACCUGGGGUAUCUUGAUCAUGUACUAUAUCUCGUACGGUUGCUCCUUCAUUGGAGGCCGCGACUCCGACAACUGGAGCGCGGCCUCCUGGCGCGUUCCCUGGGGUCUGCAGAUGAUCCCGGCCAUCCUCCUCUUCUUCGCCAUGACGUUCCUGCCUGAAUCGCCCCGUUGGUUGGCCCGCAAGGACCGCUGGGAGGAGGCCCACGAAGUCUUGGCUCUGGUGCACGCGAAGGGAGAUCGCAACCACGCCUUUGUCGCCUUCGAGCUGCAGGAUAUCCGUGAGAUGUGCGAGCUGGAGCGGACUUUCAAGGACGCCGGAUACUUGGAUCUCUUCAAGCCCAAGAUGCUGAACCGCACCAUGGUUGGCCUGUUUACGCAAAUUUGGUCGCAGCUGACCGGCAUGAAUGUCAUGAUGUACUAUAUCGGAUAUGUCUUUGGCAUGGCGGGCUAUUCGGGCAAUGCCAAUCUGCUCGCUUCGUCCAUCCAGUAUAUCAUUAACGUCGUGAUGACUCUCCCCGCCCUGAUCUGGCAGGAUCGCUGGGGUCGCCGCAACACUAUGCUAGUCGGUGCGUUGUUGAUGUGCUGCUUCAUGUUCGCCAAUGCCGGCAUUCUCGGCGCCCAUGCCCGCAUUCUGCCCAUGGAUGAGCGGACGACACCCGAGCAGUCCAUGAGUCUGACGGGCUCCGCGGCGAAGGGACUGAUUGCGUGCACCUAUCUGUUCGUAGCUUCCUACGCACCUACCUGGGGCCCUGUGUCCUGGACCUACCCGCCCGAGCUGUACCCUCUGCGUCUGCGAUCCAAGGGUGUGUCCAUGUCGACUUCCGGUAACUGGGCCUUCAACACGGCGCUGGGACUCUUCACCCCGCCGGCUUUUGAGAACAUCACCUGGCGCACAUAUGUCUUGUUUGGAGUGUUCAACGCGGCCAUGUUCAUCCACGUCUUCUUCAUGUUCCCGGAGACCGCUGGCAAGACCCUGGAGGAGACGGAGGCCAUGUUCGAGGACCCCAACGGUUUCAAAUACUUGGGCACGCCGGCCUGGAAGACACGGGUGAUCACCAGCCGCACGGUGGCAUUGGAGCACGGUGACCUGGAGACGGCCAAGGCGCGCGAGCCGGAGUCGAGGCCGACGGUCAGCACGACGGAGCGGGUGGGCGACAACAAGGAGAUGCGGUAG